AUGGCCAUUAUAUCUGCCGCCUACGUGGUCUCCGUUCUCUCCCUUCUCCCGCAGAGCGGUGCGACAUCUCUCAACACCGAUGUGGCCGCGGCAGAAUGCCUGACAAGCAGAACAUACACGGUCACAUUGGGAGACACAUGUGCAAGAAUCGCUAGAGCCCACCGCGUCCCACGGGGUUCAUUGGUCUGGUUGAAUGAUGUGCAGCCGGACUCUGGUCAGACACUGUGCAUACCGGAGUCCUGUGACCUCUACCCGGUUCUCCUUGGUGCUACAUGUGUGGAAAUCGCACAAGUCACCCAUAUUGGCGUUGAUCAACUUUUCGCAUGGAACGAGUUCCUCAAUGAAGAAUGUACGAACCUCCUAGCGGGAGAUCAAGUAUGCGUCGCCGAACCGCGCGCCAGUCCGAGCCCAACAACAACAUUUAUAACAGCAACUCUGCGUGCGCGGGACUACGCCACAGAGAUAGUCAAUCCCCCAGGAACUGUCCCAAAAGGAACGACUACGCGCUGCGGCCAGUACUACCAGAUCAGGUCGGGUGACUACUGCAACUCCAUCUCAGAUCGAUUUAGCAUAGACCUCGAUCUUUUCAAGGCCAUCAACCCUUCCAUCAAUGCAGAUUGUACCAAUCUCGUGCCGGGUCUGUAUUAUUGCGUCUCGCCUACCUUGGACUGGGACCAAACAACCACCACUACUGUGACCUCCGCUUACAAUACUGCCCCUGCGCCAACCCCGAGUGGGACAACUUCGCAGUGCUAUGAGGUUGGCCCACUCCUUCCCUUUCCCCUGAUAGAGCAACACUGA